AUGAAAGAGGUUACUGAACAAUUGGGUAGGGUUUUUUCAUCUAAGGAGACAGAGGAAUCAGUAACACGACAGACUGAGUAUCGACAGGAAUUUGAGGAUUGUUUGAGUGCUUUUACUCGAGUUUUGCAGGAUGUGGAUUCAGUUGGAUCGAAUCCUCCAGUCAAUGUUCUGGAUGGUUUUGUGAUGCGUUUAUGGAAAGAAAAUGUGGAUAAGGUAGGAGUACUUUCUCACGGUAUUUUCAUUAUCAGAUUCCACUCUCUGGCAUUUCGUGAUCGGAUUCUUGGUGGUGGUUAUAUGUUCUUUGGGAAAAAAUCGAUGGUCGUGAAACCUUGGAACUCAGUGGGUGAUUUCUCUAAAGAGGAUAUUACAUCCUACUUGGAUACAAUUGGGAGGUUUAGAUAUCAAGAAAUUGAGCUUCAAGUAGAGUAUGAAUGGGUUCCUAUUGUAUGUCAACAUUGUUCUGGGUUUGGACAUGAAACUCAGAUAUGCAGGAAGAAACAACAAGUUAAAGUAUGUGCUGAUCAAUUAAUACAUUGUUUGGCUCAAGUUCCAAAUCGGGCAGGAAGAUUUUUCAUCACCUUUGUCUAUGGAUUUAAUGAGGAAAUGGCUCGGGGAAGGUUGUGGCAAGACAUUCAGAGGUUGGCUUUACAAAUUGAUGAUCCAUGGAUGGUGGUGGGAGAUUAUAAUGAGAUUCUAUAUCAGCUUGAAAGAAUAGGCAAAAGGAAGAAUGAUGAACAGGUGUAUUCAAAGAUUGAUCGUGCAAUGGUUAAUUCGAAGUGGACAGAUUCAUUUCAGGAUUCUAAAGUUGUUUAUCUUCCAAAAGGCAUUUUUGAUCACAACCCUAUCCUGGAAGCUACUUCUUCUGAGGACCAGGUUAGUACGAGUUGGAAGGCAUCUGUUUUUGGUACUGAUAUGUUUAAACUGGUUACAAAAUUGAAGAGGCUGAAACAUGUCCUUUUAGACAUUAAUAGAGAAGGAUUUCAGGAUUUACAACAGUUGGCUAGUGCUAAGUUUGCUCAUCUCCAUAAAGCAUAUAUUAUAUUUUUGGCUCAAAAAGCUAAAGUAUCAUGGGUGCUUAAUGGAGAUGAAAACACUCAUAUUUUCCAUGCAUCAUUGAAAGCUAGAAGAUUGCAGAACAUAAUUUUGUCAAUCAAAACUGAGAAUGGUCGUUGGGUAGAUACACCAGAGGGAGUCAAGGAUGCUUUCCUAGGAUAUUAUCAAAGACUAUUGGGGUCUAAUUUGCAACAUAGGAGAAAGGUUUUACAGCCAAUAGUGAAUUUAGGCCCUGUUAUUUCUGAGGUUCACAACCGGAUUCUUUCAGCUGAGUUAUCAGCUCAAGAAGUUAAAGAAGCCAUUUUCUCCAUAUCAGGGACGAAAGCUCCUGGACCAGUAGCUUCUUCUAUCAGGAUAACUGUAGAGCUUAAAGGCCUUAAACUAUUCUCUGGGAGCUCAGGUCUUUUGCCUAAUGAGUCCAAAUCUACUGUUUACUUUAGUGGUAUGAGUGAGUAUGAGGCUCGUAGGGUGCUGGAUGUUUCGGGUUUCACCAGAAGUGAACUUCCUUUCCGCUACCUUGGUAUUCUGAUCUGUUCAAAAAAAAAAAAAAAAUCAUCUGCUGAAUGUGGGAUCAUAUUAGAAAAAAUGAUGCAUAAGAUCAAACAGUGGAGUACUAGGAAGCUAUCAUAUAUGGGAAGAGCUACUUUGAUUAAUUCAGUGCUCUUAUCCAUUCAUGCUUACUGGGCUCAAAUAAUGACACUACCAAAUAAGCUUUUGAGAUAUAUUGAAGCCAUCUGUAGGGCAUUUCUUUGGAAAGGAAUGGCUGUAUAUUCGGGGCCUGGUUUAUUUGCUUGGACUAAUAUCUGUCUCCCUAAAGCAGCUGGAGGUUUGGGCUUCAGAAAUGUCAUUGACUGGAACAUAGAGGCUCUGGGAAAGUAUGUUUGGGCCAUUGCAGCUAAGAAGGAUAACUUGUGGGUUAGAUGGAUUCACAGUGUUAACCUGAGUAAAGGGGACAGGUAG